AUGGCAAGCGACAAACCCACAACAAGCGACAAACCCACUGUUCUUAUCGUUGGAGCCGGUCUGGGAGGUCUCAUGCUAGGAGCCCUCCUCGAAAAGGCCAACAUCCCGUAUGCCAUCUUUGAGCGCACAGCUGUCGUCAAGCCCUUGGGAUCGGCUUUGAUGAUUGGAGCGGCCAUCAUCCCCAUCAUGGAACAGCUUGGUUGUGUUGACGAGUUCUUGGCUCUUGGAAAGGCUACACCCGAAGUCACCGUCGGCAAGGAUGGUCAAGGAGCGCUGUAUACCGUCAGUACCCGUCCCCAAUUCGAAUAUACGGGGUACUACAACUACAUUGUGGCACGUCCAUUCUUCUACGACAUGAUGUUACGCCAGGUGUCCAAGGACAAGCUCCACUUCAACAAGCGAGUCCUGACCAUCAGCCAGGAAGAGGAGCGGGUCACUAUCCAAACUAACGACAAUUGUGUCUACGAGGGAGAUAUCCUUGUCGGAGCUGACGGUGCCUACAGUGCGGUCCGUAAGCGAAUGUACGACGCUCUCAAGCAGGAGGGUAAACUCCCUAAGUCAGAUCAGGAAGAAUUGCCAUUCAAAUCGACUUGUCUUGUCGGUCAGACCCAGCCUAUGGACUUUGCUGAUUUCCCAGAGUUCAACAAGGACCAGGUUGCGUUCUACAACACCAUGGCUGCGGACCAGCCCUAUACUUGGGUUAUCUUUGCUACUGCACAAUCUACAAUUGCUUGGAUGGUCAUUCACCAUCUGGACAAGGAAUCGAGCAAGGCCGCGGAAGAACAGCGUUUCCGCGAGUCUGAGAACUCGCAGUGGGGAUCGCAUGCAGCCAUGGAGAUGUGUGAUGAGACGCGCGACUUUCCUCUGCCUAUUGGCACCAAGAAGAUGACCAUGGGAGACUUGUACGAUUUGACUCCUGUAGAUAUGAUUUCCAAGGUUAUGUUAGAGGAGAAAGUGUUCCAGACCUGGUACUCUGGCCGCAUUGGUCUUCUUGGUGAUGCGUGCCACAAGUUGAACCCCUCGGGAGCACAGGGUGCAGUUUCGGCCAUGCACGAUGCGAUUGCUCUUGCCAACCUGAUCUACGCCCUUCCCCCUCGCUCACAUGCCUCAGAUAUCGAGAAGAUGUUCUCUGAAUACCAAACGGAGCGUCUUGUGCAUGUCACAGAGUCGUUCAACAACAGCAAGGCGAUUUCCAAAGUCAUGGAGCGAGGAUUGGUCGGAACGAUUGCGCUUUUCAUCCGGACACAUUUUCCAUCGUGGUUGAUGAAGAUCAUGAUUAGAAGGCAGAUAUUGAACCGUCCCCAGGCGGGUUUCUUGGAGACGAUUCCGUUGAAGGGAAGUGUUCCUGCCAUUGUGUCGCCAAGUACUGAGAAGGCUAGGGCGGUUUAUGAGCAGCGUACUGCUACACCCAUUUAA